CGGCUAUAUUUCUUCUUUUCCUUCGAAUUUGAAAAGUGGCCAAAAACUUUAAAGGCAGCCAUAGCCAUAGUCAUAGACUUCCCUUUAAAGUUCUCACAUUUGUUUUCAUUGCCACAAUUCUCAUAUUUCUCUGCAAAUUUCCAUAACAGAGUUAAAGAAACGUCUCAACAAUUGUUCAAGAAUCGUAAAGAUGAAUGACCUGAUGACCAAGUCAUUCUUAAGUUAUGUGGACUUGAAGAAACAGGCUAUGAUGGAUCUUGAAGCAGGACCCGAUAUUGAAAUGGGUCAACUCGACCCGGCUGACGAAAAAACCCUCUCAAAAUUCUUUGAAGAAGUUGCUGCUAUUAAGUCUGAUAUGGAAGAUAUCAACAAUCUUCUUGUCAAUCUUCAAGACCUUAAUCAGAAAACCAAGUCAGCCCCAAGUGCCAAAAUUCUCCAAGGCCUUAGAGAUCAGAUUAAUUCCGAUAUUAUCACCCUUCUUAGGAAGGCGAAAAUCAUCAAAACGAGACUUGAAGUUCUUGAUAAGUCCAAUCUUGAUAACCGUCGCGCGUAUAAAGAGGGAAGUCCGGUUGACAGGACUAGGAUUUCUGUUACUAAUGGGUUGAGAGUUAAGCUGAGGGAUAUGAUGAAUGAUUUUCAAUGCCUAAGGGAAAACAUCGUUGCGGAACACAAACAAGGCCUGAGGAAACAGUAUUUUAGUACUAAUGGGAAGGAACCGAGUGAGGAAGUGAUCGAAAAGAUGAUGCAGGAAAGGGUUUUUGAGGGUAAAGUGGAGAAUCAGGAAAGGCAUGAAGCUGUAAAGGAGAUACGAAAAAGUUUGAUUGAGCUGCACCAAGUGUUUCUUGAUAUGGCUGUUAUGGUUGAGACACAAGGCGAGCAGAUGAAUAAUAUUGAGCAAAAUGUGGUUAAUGCUGGUGGUUAUGUGAAUGACGGGAUGAAGGAGUUAGAUCGUGCUAAUCGAAUGAAGAAGAGGAGGACUUGGGCUUGUUGGAUUGGUGCAUUGAUUCUGGUUUUCUUGUUGCUAUGCCUUAUUGCAAUUCUAUUUUGAAUUAAGUCUGAGAAAGGCUUUGGGGGCUUUCUAUCAGUUUUGGUUCUUUUUGAUCUGUUUGCUUCCGUUUCUUGUCCGAAUGCUUUUUGGAUUUUGAUGGAAAUCUCUUUUUACUUAUAGACAUAUAAUAUGUUGGGGCCAAGCUAUGUGAUGAAUAUAUAUGUUCGUUCAUCAACUUCUUGUAUGUAGAAUAGAUUGAAAAUGAUACAUCACAUUUGUAGAUUUGGGGUUGAUCAAGAUUUUUUCCCUUACUCUAGGCACCUUCAAUGUUUUUGCA